AUGAACCUCAAACUGCAAUUAAAUGCUCUCACAGAAAGCAACUCCUUACGAAAACUUUCAGAGAAAAUCUCACCGACAUUCGGUCUUUUGCUCCAAGGGCAAUUAAGAAAUUAUAAUAAAAAAAACCACUGGAAGGAGAUGGACAAAGGAGGAAAAAAUUGUAGCCUUGAGGCUAUUGAAAAGGUCACCACCUUGUUACCGCUUGUUGAGGAGAUUAUUUUAUUUACCAUCUCCAGGCACCCUAAAGGCUUUGCUGAACAGAGUGCCUUUUGCUGUAGCCGUGUUCAAGAGGGCGUUUCAAAAAUAAAUGAACGACGCUACGCACGUUAUCUUAGUAGAGCCUUUAUAAGAAGAUGUAGAGCGUGUAUUAGAGUCGGUGGCAGACAAUUUGAACACCAGUUGUGA